GUAUCGCCUCCUUCCAGAAAAUUCUAUAAAUGAGGUGCCCAUGGCACCAUGCUUAGGCUUGAAGAAGCAAACACAGAGCCUCUUCUUCUUCUCUCUUUUUCCAAACUGCUAAAAAUCACAAUGGCAGGACCUUCACUCGAGAGCAGCACCACCAUCAAAUUCUUAUACAGUUACGGCGGCAAAAUCCUCCCCCGUUAUCCCGACGGAAAGCUUCGGUAUCACGGUGGUCAAACUCGUGUACUCGCCGUUGACCGCUCCCUCUCUUUCACCGAAUUACUGGCGAAAUUUGGCGAAUUGUGUGGGAGUUCUGUGGGUUUACGGUGUCAAUUGCCGACGGAGGAUUUAGAUGCGCUUGUAUCCAUCACCUCCGAUGAAGAUCUCGUUAAUCUCAUUGAAGAAUACGAUCGGCAACAAUCAAAAUCUCUCAAAAUCAGAGCUUUUCUCUCGUUUCCACGGAGGCUAUCUCCGACUCCUUCCACCGCCUCCUCCGCUGUUGGAUCGUCUUCCUCAACCAGUACUGCCACGCAUGAGGCAGGAUCACCGAAAUCUUCUCUUUCCUCCACCUCUUUCUCCGUCGCGAGAUUUCCGGUUACCGCCGCAAAUCGCUGCGUCUAUAAUCUUUCAAAACCACAGGUUAAGCUUCCAUUCCGCUACAACAACUCUACCGGAAAGCUACCGCAUCCUAUAAUUGCCUUCAUCCUCUCUGUUUGUCAAUUUUCCGGCAAUGGUCUGGUUUUGAGUAAUUGCGUCACGUUAAUCGUAAUCCUCCGUUUGCGUUCACCGGCGGCAGUUCCGUCCAACGUCACCGUAUUUUGUCCUAUUCGUAACCUUCCCGGAAUCCCGGUGGCAGACUGGCAACUGGACGUCAUUAAUGGCGGAUGUGGUGGCUCCGGCGAGGUGGUAUGGAGUAACGACAAGGUAUACGGAGCCACAGGUUGGAGAUAG